AUGCUACUGCGCUUUCUUUUCAAAAGGAAGAUACUUGUUUUUCAUCAAAGCCGCUUCAAGUCAACUGCAAUCACGUUUGAGAUGCUAAGACCUUAUCAACAAGAAUGUGUUGAGACAACCUUGCUUGAGUUUAAGAAAGGCUGUCAAAGACAGAUCGUUUCUUUACCAGUUGCACACCGAACAGAACUCCUGGACCAAGCUCAUAAUCAAAUUACUAAAUACAAUCCCAACUUGAAUGUUCAAAUAGAACAAGGCAAGCGCAAAGUGGAUAUUGAUAAAGCAGAUGUCAUAGUUGCUUCUGUGCCUACUAUCGGAAGAGCCAGCUCCUCGAGGAUUGAAGCCUAUGACCCCUCUAUCUUUAAAGCUAUUUUGAUCGACGAAGCACAUCAUGCAGUCGCCGAUACAUAUGGUCGUAUUCUUGAUUAUUUCGGCAUAUUUAAAAGCGAUAAUCAGAAGCUUUUGUGGGGAUGCUCAGCAACUGUUAAACGUCACGAUGGCCAAGCAUUAAACACUGUAUUUGAUAAAAUCACUUAUCAUGUAGGUUUUUUGCAGAUGAUUGAACAACGCUAUUUAAGCUCUAUGCGUGUUACUACUGUCAAGACAAAUGUCAAGCUGGAUGAUGUGCGUUAUACAAAAGUAGAUUUUGUUGAAAAAGAGCUCGCAUCAGUCAUUAAUACAGACGCCCGUAAUGAAGUUAUUGUCUCAAGUUGGCAGAAAUAUGCGCAUGAACAAGGCCGAAAGUCAACACUGGUGUUUGCGCUGAAUAUCGAGCAUACAAUCAAGCUUUGCAACAAGUUUAUAGAUGCAGGUAUCAAUGCAAGAUUUAUUACCAGCAAAUCAAAUCCCAUUGAACCUAUCCUGACAGAAGGCACAGAUAUUCCCUGUGUUGAUUGUAUUUUAAUGGCAAGGCCUACUCGAUCUGCUACUUUAUUUCAACAGAUGUUUGGUCGUGGAUUAAGAUUACAUGGUGAAAAAGAAGAUUGUUUGGUCAUUGAUUUUGUGGAUAAUUUCAAAACCACUGGUCAACAUGGCUUAGUCACCGUACCUACAUUACUUGGUCUUGAUACUACAGAAAUUGUACAAGAUAAGACCGUUUUGGAAUUAGAAGAAAAGGCUGAAAGCGAAAGGAUGGAAAAGACUGAAGAAGAGGAUUAUGAUCCUGAUUGUGUUCAAGUCAAAGUGACUGAAUAUGAAGACUUAAAGGAACUCAUGAUUGAUUUAUCUACCACAAAUGAAAUCAAAAGUGCAUCCAACUACAACUGGAUCAAUAUUGGCAAAGAUAAAUGUGUUCUCAAUAUACUCAACACUGGUUUCAUGGUAUUGGAGAAAUUGAAUGGUAAAUGGAUAGGCACUUUUAGACGCGAAAACAUAAAGAGUGAUUUUUUUCCCAAGCCAACCAGGAUUCCUUUGGAGGCAAGCGACUUACCAUCUGCUAUUCGAGGUUCCGAAACAUGGCUACAGAAGUCCAUGACCAUUAAUCGUGGUAGUAUGUUACGAACAGCUAGUUUCCGGAAAGACAAGAUGACUGAAGCACAAGAGAAGGCUCUGUCCCGUUAUAAAAUUGAAGUGUCAUCCAAAAUGACAAAAGGACAAGCUAUGGAUUUGUUAACUAAACUCAGAUAUGGACAGCUAAAUAUCUGGAAGUUAGAAUGGAAACUGAACGAAAAAAAGAAAUUGCUGGAGAAAAAGAAGAUGGAUGCAGCUGCAUUGUUGCGAGAAAAUAAACCAAAAUUUAGUGUCGUGCGUUAG